AUGGUCAAAAAGUUUGGAUCAGACUCCAAGAAGCAUGCCUCUACUCCUAUGAGUUCAUCUACGAAGCUCAAUGUUGAUUCUUCUAGGGUAAAAGUGAGUCCAACCUUAUAUAGAAGUAUCAUUGGGAGUUUACUCUAUCUCACAGCAAGUAGAUCGGAUAUUGCUUUUAGCAUGAGUGUUUAUGCUCGAUAUCAGGUUACUUCGAAAGAAUCUCACUUGACUGCAGUGAAGCGAACCAUAAGAUAUGUCAAUGGAACUCUGGAUUAUGGCUUGUGGUACUCUAAGGACUCUAAUGCUUGUCUUGCUAGUUAUUCGGAUGUCGAUUGGGCUGGAAGUGUGGAUGAUCGAAAGAGUACUUCAGGUGGUUGCUUCUAUCUUGGAAACAAUCUUGUCUCUUGGAUGAGUAAGAAAAAAAAUUUCGUGUCUCUCUCUACAGCUGAAGCUGAGUAUAUAGCUGCUAGAAGUUGCUAUACACAACUACUUUAG